AUUGCAGCGGUCGUAUCUAAUGCCUAGUGCUGAGCCAGUCACUUUUAUUUGGGCGCAUAGACUUUGCGAUGAGGCACUCCGCGAGGCGCAGAGGAGGGACGGCGCCAAGGGAGGCGCUCCCGUGGCGCAGAGCGCGGGCCGUGCGGCAGCGCGGGCAGGCCAGGCGAAAAGCGCCCGGCGGACGAAGACGCACGUGCUCACGAAGGAAAACCCUGGUGUGCGGCAGCAGGGUUUCAUAAACAUAAACAUUACUCACUGGCUUGAACUGCUGAGCCACUUGAUUGUUCCUUGUGGAUGUAUCAUGUUACGGCUUCAAUCGCCGCUUUCGGCGCAGAUACAUCUAGGACAGACGCAAGCGCCCGGCCGACUGUCACGCCUAGCCACAUUACAGACGUCACAAGUUUAAUGCAAGCGCACCAAUGCAACCAUUUGCAAAUUGGUGGAUGCGCAUGGGACCAGUGGACGAAACCCCGGGAAUGCAGUUGCUCUCGUUGCCCACCACAAAGCUCGCGCAUUACUCGGCGCUAACAAAUGACUAAGUACAGAAGCGUGGUUUUGUCUAGAGAGUAAAUGGUCGCUUCAGUAGUGUCAUAAGUCACUUCGUCCGAGCAACGCAUUGACAGAAUCUAUCGAUCUAGUGUUAUGCACGAGUUCUGGACGGGCAACUUGCCCGCUCUAUCUUCCGGCUGGGCGCGCACAAUGGGGGCAAACAGCAGCGAAGCUGCGGUCGACUCUUUGCUCAGGGGCGCCUCGCACUUGCCGGCAGCUGAUGUUGAACUCGUAUUAGGCGAGCACCGAUGUCGCCUACUAGGUGGAGCUGUCGCAUCAACUGCCGGCAUCAUGGUCGCGUGCGGCUGUUCGCGCUGCGGGGAGCUGCCGAUGCAGCUUUCUUCUGAGGGCGGUCGCAUUUCCAGCCUUUCGACCUGGAUGUCCACGCAUAAUGGGCUUGGAAAGGACGCCUUAUUGGCGAUUCGCCAGGAGGGCAAAGAGGUCCCGCUGGCCGCCUGGCUGUGUGCCGCCGCCCAGCACAUGGGGGGCGCGGCCCUGGUUCGCAAGCAGCUCAGCAUCUUCUGGUGGGACAUUGACAGCGAUGGCCCCGCCCCCACGGUGCCGCCACCGCCCAGCCAGCGCGGGCAGCUGGCGGAGCAGCCUCCGCCCGCGGGCGCGUGGCGAGCGGCGACUGUGGUGGGCUUUGAUGCCGCGUCGGGCGUGCACACACUCAAGUACCACUCAGACCACAAGAAACAAACGUCACAGGUCCUGCUCCCACUGGCGCAAGUGCACGUUGCGCGCAUGCCGCCGCCGCCAGGCACGCCGCCACGCAGCGUGUUGGAAGGCAGGACACCGCUGCCACCCAUCGCCAUUCUGAUGCAACAGCCGCAGCUGCCGCAACCGCAGCAGCCGCAGCAGCCAGGCAUCGUAGGCGGCGCAGCGCUGAUGCCUGCUGCUGCCCCACCCUCCACGCUUGGUGCGGCUCCGGACCCGACUGUGGCGCAUCUUGCGAAGCCGCCAGCGGCCGCGGCGGCCUCCCGUACCCACCUGCUGCACUCCGCAUUCAUGCCUAUGGGUCUCGGCGGCUCCAUAGCCGGCGGGCCCCUGCCGCCGGUCCCGCCAGUGGCGCCAGCGGCGGCGGGCAGCGCCGCCGGCGGUUCAGUUGCCAUUGGCGGUGGCGGUGUGGGAGCGCUGGGAGUGGCCGCGGUGGCCGCGGCAGUGGCGGCGGCGCCGGUCGUUGCUCACCCUCACCACCCGGUGCUUGUGCGGGAGUUGCUAUUGGAGCAGGAGCGGGCGCGGGCGCAGCAGCAGCAGCAGCAAGGGGUGGAGGUUCACAUAGUGCAGCAGCAAGUUCCACCGCCGCCACAGCUGCCGUCGCCGCCGCAGCUGCAACAGCUGCAGCUCCCUGGCCUGAUCCCGGCAGCUGCGGCAACGGCCAUGCUGCCUAUGCGGCGGGUGGAUUCGGGCGUUGCCGCCGCCGCACACCCCUCGCCAAGCGGCAUCAGCAGUGCCGUCCCCAGCCAAGCCGGCGGCGGCUGCGUGCGAUCACAGUCUUCACAGUCCUCCUUCGGACGCAGCAGGCGCCUCAGCAGCACUGCGGCGGCGGCCGUGGCCGUCGGCAGCGGGCCGCCAUCACUUGGCGGCGCCGCCGCCGCGCCCGCCGCCCUUGUGCACAUCAGCUGCGGAUGGCACGGGGACUUCGUCUUCUGCGGUGACGCCGCCAGCGCUGCUGGCCCCGCCGCUGGCGGCAGUGGUGGCGGCUUCUGGGCUGCGGCCGGCGGCGGCGAUGGGCGGCUGCCGCCGGCGGCGGUGAUGGCGGCGGCGGCAACAAGCGCCGCCGACAAGCCAUUUGAGGUGCUCAGUGUGUGCGGCAUGUUGGCCAGAAGCACCUCGGCGGCGGCGGCGGCGGCGGUGAUGCUGCCCCCCACCGAGAGCCGCAGCGGCUCCCCUAUCUUAGCCACCGCCACCGCCGCCGCCGCCGCCGCUAUUGCUGGAGCCAACGUGGCAGCUGUGGGCAUUACACCGUCACUACUUGGUGGCGCUGCCGCCGCACCGCCGCCGCCGCAGGGGGUUCAGCAGCAGCUCGGCCAGGGCGACGGCGUGCAAGGCCUGCUGCUGCACACCCCAGCAGCACCCCGCCCAGCGGCCGCGUACCCGCUGCCCGCCGCCGGCGUCCUCCGCCGUGACGACAGCGGCACCUGCGACUACAGCUUCCACAGCAACGCUGCUGGCCCUGCCACUGCUGCUACUGCUGCUACUGCUACUGCUGCUACUGCUGCUACUGCUACUGCUGCUACUGCUGCUACUGCUGCUACUGCUGCUACUGCUACUGCUGCUACUGCUGCUACUGCUACUGCCAGUGCCAGUGGGGUCAACGCGCGCCAGGGAUUUGGCUGCUGCCUGGCCAGCAACAGCAUCUGCAACGGCAGCGGCUUUGGUCCCGCCAGUAGUGGCGGCGGAGGCGGCAGUAGCGCUCACGUUGCUGCUCAGGGCAUCGGCGGCGGCGGCGCGAGUGUGCGUGCGCUGCUGCUGGGUGGCGCCGGCGGCGGCACGUCUCUGGCGCCUGUGACGGAUGGGCCUGUGGCGCCGCAGAGCCUCGAGGACAGAGUGCUGGAGGAGCUCUGGCAAAUGCUGCUGCACUCGGAGCCGUGGCCCACCGCCUCGACCACCAAUGCCGCCGCAACAAACAACAGCACCCCAAACAGCGCCCACGGCGGCCUGCCGUGCCAGCAUCGCCGCCCCGGCAGCAGUGGCAUUGACUCAACGGCCGCCGCCGCCGCCGCCUCCAUUGCUUCUGAUCAGCAGGGGCCCAGCCCCGUACCGAUGCGGCCCGGCGCUGGUAGAACGCUGAGCGCCAGCUUGCCCACUUUUGUGGGGCAGACGACGUCACUAGCGUCGGCGGCCGACGGGCUCGUCAGCGGCGGUGUGAGCAGCAAGCUGCUGCUUGGGGGCAUGGGCGCAGGCAUGGGCGCAGGUACCAGCGGAGGCGGUUUGGCGAGCGUGCCUGGUCUUGGCGCCGUCAUCAGUGACGGAAGCGGCAGGCUCGCUGGCGACGGCAGUAGCAGCGCUGGCAGGGGCAGCAGUAGCAGCGGCGGCAGCCGUGGCGGCGGCCUUGUGACUGACCUGGUCGCGCUGAGGUGUGCGCAGCUGCAGCGGCUUGCCGUGCACCGCUCCCAUACCGCCGCCGCCGCCGCCGUCACCAGCGCCCCUGGUACAGCCGCCGGCGGCGGCGGCAUCGCAUACACGGCAGCAGCGCUGGUGCCGGCGCCGCUUUUGGCGGCCACUGCCGGCGGCGGCACCUUCGGCAGCGGUGCCGUCAGCAGCCCGAUGAGUCCGCUGAAGCGCAUGGCUCCGUUGAUGAUGCGAAUCAGUCAGCCGCACCUGCCGCUACAGCAUCAGCAGCUUGCUUGCAUGGCAACAGCGGCGGCAGCAGAGGCUGGAGCCACCGUAUGUGAGAGCCCGCUAAAGCGGCUCAAGUCAGGGAUCGAUUCGGGGCUUGUAAGCGUGGCGUUUGAGUCGGGCAGUCAGCUCGCGCGACACGAGGACAGCGGCAGUGGUUUUCAAGGCGCCGGCGGCGCCGCGGCGGCGGCGGCGGGAUCCUUCGAGGGAUGGGCGGCGGAUCUCAUUCGCGAUGCGGGGCAGUUGGAUCUUGGAAGCUGCGGAGCAGGCAGCGGCAUGGGCGGUUGCGGCGGCACCGGCCAAAAGUGCUGAGGUUUAUACGUAGGCAGAUGGCUGAUACGCUGCACUGCGGUCUCAACGAAUGCGAACCAGCGAAUGCAGCAGCCGGUGGGAGCAAGGCCGCCAAGCUGGGGGUAAGCCCGGAGGGAAAGCGGCCGGGCUGCCCAGCAAUGCACAGCUGCAAAGACAGUGCUGCAUCGCAGCAGAGGCGUGCGUUGAUGCACUGAGGGCCCAGAGACCGGUGAGGUUCAGCAUUGCUGGCGCGUGUGCAACCUUACUCGCUUCGCUGGUGUGAGGCACGGAUGCAAAUUUGUUAUGAAUGCCUCCGACACUGUGUGUAUGGAUGGUUCACACGCGGUGUUGGUCACGCGUGGACAGAUGCGUCCCCGCAGCUCUUCGCACACCUUUCUCCUAGUCGAUGAUGAACGGCCGAGCGUGUGAUGCCACUUAGCGGCGACAAGACGCUCCUAGCGUACUUGUUCCCCCACCCUGUUGCGCGCGGACGCAUUUAUCCGUGCCCAUAGGCUGCUGGAAGCAGAUGCUUGACGUUACGAGGGCGUUAUGGCUCGUGGUAAAUAAUAGCAGCAGGCGUGGUGGGUUAUUGCUUACUGAGGUAGCGGAUGUACGGCACCUGUGUCUGCCGUACGGUGUUGAUGAUGCUGAAACCAAGCUUGCCAAGCUCUCCUUGUGUACACGCUGUGUGGGGAAAGGCAGAAAUGCGGGCUUGCAGCCGAUGUGGCCAAUUGGGUUGUGGCUGAUUCGGCUUCAUCGUGCAUUCAUGGCUGUGCAAUGCAAUACCGUGAAUGCGGCAGCGUGGAUGGAUGGGCGCUAAUUGCGCUCGCUUUUCCGACGUGCCGUUAGUAGCUUGGGCGGAGGAGUUAGCAGCAGCCCCGCCCAAGGCCCCGCCCAGUCGUUGGGCGCGAAGAUAAAUAUCUUACUACCUUACAGAAUAGGCACGUUGUGCAUACGUGGUUAUGGCCACUGACGCAUGCAUGCCCUCGUUCAUGGUUAGAACCCAUAGAUGCCGCGUGUUCCUGUGCUCGGGCCGGCGGCGGUUUGUUCAUACGGUAGCGGAACGCUAAUUUAUCACGAAGCAGGCGAUAGAACCAUCAGGCGUGACCAUCAGGGUUGGGUUGGUCUUUAUGUCCACCAGUCAGUGAGAGGAAGAUUGUUUCAACCACAGUAUUUGGGUGUGUGUUGAUGGCCCGGGCUGGGACGACUUGCCACUUCACCCAGAUCAGUGUUUUGCAUGUGCAUCCGGCGGCGGGGCUACGGCCUGCAUGCACCGCACAGCCAUGGGCUCAGUGGGCCGCGCCUGCUGGAGGGCAGUGUGCGGUUUCACGGAUGACUGCUCGCUUCUUGGUGCGCGUGUGGUCUGGCAAGUCAGCAGCAUGGGGCGGUACGUUCUGCUUUCUUGAGCCGCGCUGUGCCCGUUGAGCCGCGGCAUAUGCGUGGGCCAGAUGCUGCCGCGUUAGGGUCUGGUGCGUGUCGAGUGCAAGACGUACUGGCAGGUGAGGACUGGGAAGGAACGCCCAUGGCCGCUUGCCAUUGCAUGAGCAGGCAGGCAGGCGCUGGUCGCAGCACCUGUGUAGCAGGCGGUAUUACGUAAGUACAUUGAAACGGCUGCGCUCAUUUCCUGGGUAACGCAUGAUGUCAAGCAAGACUUGCUGGGAAUGGUGCACACCGGUGGGUCCUGCGGUGGGGAUGGGCCAUCAAUGUCAGGGCGUCGGAUGCAUUGGGGGCGUGACUAUGAGAUGUGUGGGUGUGGGAUGCACUAGCGGAACCGUGCCGCGUGCACGUGUUGACGAGUGCUCAAUUUACUUUUGUCAACGGAUGUCACAAGGGCUUCCCCAGACCACGUGGGCGGCAAUGCAUAAUUAUCCAAGCUGCUACUUGUACGUAUAGCUGUCGGGGUGCAGCCACAGGGACGUGCCGACGGACGCUAGCUAGGUCUGGUGGUUGGUGGAGGACAAACUCGGGGUGUGGCCAGUGGUGGCGGCGUGAACGAUGGUCAACGAAGCGGAUGCGUUGUGCGGGGAUCGAGCAAGGCAUCGAGGCUUGAACAAGGUAUCAGCGGCGAAGCGACAUGACGGGGGGAGGCAUCAGAGGCUAGUGGGCUAUCAAGGCGCGUGUGGCAGUAGGGCCAGGGGGCUGUGGCAUGUGGAGGACAUUUGGUGUUGUCUGCUGGCGCCCGUGGCUGGCGCCGGACAAACCUCUGAACUCUCUGUGCGUGCACACAUCCGCCUGAUGAUGAGUCGAGAACGCGGCGGCAUUGAACGUGUGCGCCAGAACGUGUGCAUGCCGGGCGUCGGUUGUGAGCCGAACCAUGGCUGCAGGGUCUGCGCCGUUGACUGGGAGCCCACAUGCAGGGUCAAGAUAUAGUACAGCAACAUGGGGCGUAAGUCUGUUUGUCUGUGUCGGCUUCAACCAGCUUAGACGCUCUCUCAGCCAUGUAACAAGAUUACAAC